UUGUUUUCUUUAAUUUUGAUUAAACAACCCCAUCUCCCUCCUACCCUAUCUACCUGCCCGAACUGGCCGACGUAUCGCUCCCCUUCUCCUGCCCGAAAAGCUCGCCAACAUCCCGAUCCCCUCUCCAGGUCUCGCCGCCCAUCGCCUUCGUAACCGAACUCUCGCGAUACAGUCGACAUUAGAGCUAACUGGGAAGGCAACGACGGGAUCGCGGCGUACAGAGCCCCCCAAACUCCCAUCUUUCUUCUCCUUCCGCACCGCUUCUAUCCGAAACCAUGGAGGCAGAUGGAGGAAGGAAAGUUUGCAUCUUCCUUUACCAGAUAGCCCCUCAAUGAUGCAAAUAAUUCAGAUUGAUGUUUUUUUCUGUAUCAAUUCGAAGUAUUGAUCCGGUAAGCUGUCAAGACUGCUCUGUAUCCUGUGAAUAUAUUGGAAUUGCAUCCGUUGGGAUUUGAGCUUCAUCGGAACUAGGGAAAUUGCUGUCUAUGGCCGGGAAAGUGGAGCAAGGGAAUGAGAAUUGGCUCUCUGCUGUGGUGCCCCUUUUGAAGCUCUUGUGUCUCACUGUCAUUGGCAUCAUACUCGCCCACCCCAAAACUCGAAUUGUUCCCCGUGCUACCCUCAAGCUUCUAAGCAAGCUUGUCUUCGCUCUCUUCCUUCCAUGCCUCAUAUUCGUCCACCUUGGCGAAUCCAUCACCUUGGAAGAGGCCCUUCAGUGGUGGUUUGUGCCGGUUAAUGUGCUCAUUAGCACCGCAAUCGGUUGUGUUCUUGGAUAUGUUGUGGCAAUCAUUUGCAAGCCGCCGCCGCAGUUCUUUAGAUUGACGGUGAUCAUGACUGGAUUUGGUAACACUGGAAAUAUUCCCAUAGCCAUUAUUGGAUCUGUAUGCCACAGCUCAAAUCAACCCUUUGGCCCUCAAUGUCGUCAAACAGGCGUUGCCUAUGUCUCUUUCGCCCAAUGGGUUGCGGUAAUUCUUGCGUACACCUUGGUAUACCAUAUGAUGGAGCCCCCUAUGGAGUAUUAUGAGAUUGUGGCAGAGGAAAAUGAGAUUGAGGAAGAGCAUGCUGCUAGUAAUAUUAGCAGGCCUUUGCUCCAAGAAGCAGAGUGGCCUGGCAUGGAGGAGAAGGAAACCGUGAAUUCGAAGAUUCCGUUCAUUGCGAGGGUCUUCGCUAGUAUGUCAGGUUCAUCACAAAGCACCAUCCCUGAUUUAGAUCUAACUGAAGUGGGAGGCAUAUAUCCUGCUCCAAACAGUCCAAAGUCUAUAAGGUGCUUGGCAGAACCGAGGGUUGUCCGGAGGAUGAGAAUUGUUGUAGAAGAAACUCCUAUCCGACAUAUUCUUCAGCCUCCUACAAUUGCGUCUCUGCUGGCCAUUAUUGUUGGGAUGGUUCCUCUAUUUAGGAAUUUUGUAUUCGGGAGCGAUGCACCGCUGUCGUUUUUCACUGACAGUUUGGAGAUCUUGGCAGGAGCAGUUGUUCCUUCGGUGAUGCUAAUUCUUGGAGGAAUGCUAGCCGAAGGACCGAACGAGUCGUCUCUUGGAAUCAGAACAACAAUUGGUAUUAUUGCUGCAAGGCUUUUGAUUCUGCCAUUUAUUGGAAUAGGGGUGGUGGCUACUGCAGACAAGUUGCAUCUUUUGUUACAAGAAGGUCAGAUGUACAGAUUUGUUCUCCUGUUGCAGUAUACCAUGCCGACUGCCAUCUUGUUGGGAGCCAUUGCAAGCUUGAGGGGUUAUGGUGUAAAGGAAGUUUCAGCUCUAUUAUUUUGGCAGCAUAUCCUGGCUCUUUUAUCACUCUCUGUGUACAUUGUUAUCUACUUCAAGUUGCUUUCGGAUGUGUGAGGUGGUUUUGCUAACCGAAUCCAAGAUCAAGGCAGGCUCAUCAGCUGGCUACAGGAAUACAUCCACUAAGCUCAUGGAAAACUCACCCGAUGCCAUCAACGGGCUCUCAGGAACGACAUAAUUCAGAUAGCCACCCAAGCUCGGAGAGCUACCCAAUAACUAUCAGCCGAAGAUCUAGCUAUUUCUCC